UGUACAUUUCAUCUAAAUUCAAACAAAUCUUUACAGCUUUAAACAGUUUUAGAGCAGGGGUUGGAAUAUCGAAUAUUCAUAAAUAUUUGUAAGGAAAACAUGGAGCCAGGAGAUCAGACUGAUGAACUGAUCAUUGUUAGUGUGAGCACCUCUAUAAAAGCAGUUUUGGUUGUUUGCUGGAGCAGACAGGUUUGUGUUAAAAAAGGGAAAUAUCGGUGUGGAUAAAUGCGAUUUUACGGUGACAGGCAAGUUGACAAAAUAUCAUAGAAUUCGUCACACUGAGCUCUCCGGAUUUACAGGAUCUGAAGCACGAAGCUGCAGGUGUCCUCACGUGCCCCAUUAAACUGCUCAACUACUUGUUCGCUCUAAUCUGCAGUCUACUCCAACUCAGGUGACACGGCUGCAGUUCACGUUCGAUCUUACGUUACCAGAUGACUAUGCUAUUUUGCUGGCAAAUAAAUAUAAAAUAAAAUCAACAAGUUAUUCAUGCAGGAUAUAUUUGUAAAUCGGAAUGAUGUUAUUUUAUUGGAGGGGUUAUAUUGACUGGUUAAGAUUUUUGGGGGGUUUCAAACCCCCUCUAACCCCCUUGAAAAUUACGCCCUUGAGUCUACUCCACCUCACAUGACACGGUUGCAGUUCACGUUCGAUCUUAAACGGCCACGUGAUGCGCUCUAGGAAUUUCAACGUAUCGACCACGUUGUAACGUCAGCUGCCCUUUGGCCUGAUUCAACACCUAUGAUAUGCGAGCUGUCUUUUACUGUGACGCAUCAGACUGUGACGUCAGCCCACCUUUGAUGUUAAAGCCUUUCAAUGAAGAGAACGUCAUUUAAGUUCAAUUCUUCCCUUAGUAAAUAACUCUAGUCGGUGGAGAACAGUUCAUUUUGAGAAGAUUUAAGAGAUCAAAAUUCUUUGUUCAUGCAAAGAAUUUCUGUGUUGAAAUUAAGACACAUAUUUGACAACAUGCAUUCUGUUUUAGGAUUUAUUGGAUGUGGGCUGGGAUUUUUUAAUUGCAGUCAUUUCACACAGAAAGCAACAAAUGUUGGAGGUGAAACUAGAUCGCCACUGACACAAACUGAAUUUAAUGCUGACCAGAUCGAUUUACCUGCAUUUGAACUGGAGGAAAUGUUCAGAAACUUUAGAAACGACAGGCUUCGUUAGAGUGCUGUCCCAGCAAAAGGAGCAGCUGAAAAUGCAAUGGGAACCACAGCUGCCAUGGAAAAGAAGGUGGACAAUUUUUCUCUAAACACAGGUGAAGUUUCUGUCUCUACACCAGCUGCAGAAGAGAAAUGUCAAAGAGAUAUACACCCACCUGCAGGUUAUAUAGAAGGCAGAGCCAGAAACGUUGUGAGGGCACCCAGGAUCUUGAUGAACGAUUGCAUGCACACUUUAAGAGGAUCGCCCUGCCUUUACAACAAGCAGCAAGAUCAUCCAUUUAUGACGACCAGGAGGAAUUUGAAUGUACAGAUGCUUAAACAUUUUGGGGCUACCAACUCUUCUCAAACGUACAAAGAACCAGCCAGUGAGGAUCAGUAGAUGCAGAACCAGCAAGUAUCCUUGAAGGACACUCUGGAUCAACUUUUAACUAAGAUUUUCACUUACAUAACAUACAUAACAUACCAAAAGAUGAAGACCUUUCUCCUUCCUGCUGUGAUCAAGAUGGUGUGUUUAAAAGUUAUGCAAAAGCCAAGCAUUGUGACACGGGAGUUUCUGAGACACAUUCUUCCUGUGUAAACCGGGUUGUACACACAGCCAGGAGGGUAAGUGGUACUCUCUCAAACACGGAUCAAACAAAAAACCCAGUUAUUACCUACAAAUCCCAAACGAAUGCUAUGGAGGUCAUUUCAUCUUCUUCUAAAGUAGGUGGAAAUUCUGGAGAGCUGGAGUACCAGCAAACUGCAGCAGAGACUAGGAACCAGAGGGACGAGCUCCAACAAAAAUUUGACAGGCUGACUUUGAUACAAAAGGGACAUCUGAAACAAGGGAAGCUGGUAAACAAGUUCCUUUCUAACCUUUUGUGUGCUUCUCUUUUUCUGGUUCAGCCUCAAAGAGACAGAGACAAUGAUGACCAGCAAAUAUCCAGGGGCAAAAUCGAACCAGAACCUCAGAAACACCAUUUUAUUGGUCAGAUCUUGACAUGACCACGAAGGAUUUUCAGAUAUGCUGGAGCUACUUUUGGAAGAACCUGCAGAAUAAUGUUACAAUUUUUACACCAACCCAGAGGAGCAGUUGUGUCUGCAUUACAAACAACCAGAACCAGAAUUGCAGGUUUCUUCAACACAGCUCAAAGAAGAAUCAGAAAUGCUUUGCUUGGUUUAGAAACUGGCUUGCCAAACAAAAAAGGUGCUGUUUAAAAAAAUAUGUCAAUUUCCUUUUUUUUACUGAUUAUAUUGUGUAUGGAUAUUAUCGUUUAAUUAUCAGGUAUUUUACUUAAUCUGAUUUUGUUUCUGUGUGUAUUUUUGACAAUUGCCUUGCUGUUAUUAUGUUUUAAGGUUUUGUAUUCUUCAGUUCAUUCCCUGUGUCCAUUACCGUUUUUUGUUAGUUUAUUCUUUUGUUUAGACUCAUGAUUUGCUUUACUGUUGAUUGAUAACAGUGGUUAUCAAUCAACCACUGGUGUAGGUUUGUAGUUAUUGUUAUUUGUUAUUAAGUCCAAUAGAUUUCCCAAUUUACCCAAUAAUCCUUUGUGUUUUGUUAAGUUCCUUAGUUCUACAUCUUUCAUACCUAUUUCUAGGCUUUUCCAUUUAUAAACAUGUUCAUCAUUACACCAGUAUAUCAGAGGUCUAAUUUGUGCGACAUAAAAACAUUCUUUGAGAGCUGGUCGAACCAAACCUCCUUUAUCCUUUGGGAGCUGCAGAGUUUUAUAUUUAAUCCUGGGUGUCUUCCCUCCCCAUAGGAACCUCGAUAUCCAAUUACCCCAUUUUAUAAAUAGUUUUUGUGGGAUUAAAACAAGAGUCUUGAUGGAAUAUUUAUCUUAAUUGUCUCUGUUCUUGUUCUGAGAUCCAAACCAACACCUGUCCAAGUCUUCUCUAAUACGCUGGUUUAUAUUUGUGCUCUCUGUAUCUAGAGCAUAUCUAUUCUUUUUGUGAGACUCACCCCUAAAUAUUUUAUAUACUUUUCAAUUCAUAUAUAUAUAUAUAUAUAUAUCCUAAUAUAUGAUAUAUAUAUAUAUAUAUCAUCUGCAUAUAACCCUAUCUUGUGCUAUUUUAACUACUUUUACACCAUCUUGUCUGAUCAUCUGAGUUAAUGGCUAGUUUUUCCCCUUUCUAGAUGGAUUCCUCCUGUCAGGUUACCAGUUAUUUUAUUCCUUGCUUCUGGUUUGUGAUAUAUUGAUUUAAUACAAUUAAUAGAUUUCUCAUUACAUCCAAAUUUUUCCAAUGCCUUCUAUUAUAUGGUCCUGUGCCUCGGUGAUGUCUUGCCGCUGUUGGUGAAAUUUCGUGACAUUCUGCACCACUUUUUGUAUAAUUUUGUCUUUGAAUCUGAUGAAUUCUCUUCUCACCUCUUCUUUAAAUUAAUCUUUGGGUUUUGAGAGGUCCUUCUUAUCGUCUCUUGAGGGUCCGUAAGUCUUUUGUGAUAGUUUUGAUCCCUUCCAACAGUGGGGGAAGCUUAUCAAACAUCUAAUCAGAGCCCAUUCCUCUUUAGGAAGGAUAGCAUGGCUGCAUUUAUAUCAGUGAAAUGUUCUUUAUCAGUACUUCUGCAUUCAGAGAGUUAAUUCCACGUGAUCCAGAUUUAAAUAAAAUGACGUGAAAUCAAGUACAGACUGCUUGGAUAGCGUCGUUCCAUCUCCUUUAUUCUUCGAGCUGCCGUUAGCCUCACCUGGGGUUUGGGCUGCGCCUGCUAACAUCAAAACUGUCAUUCUUGGCGACUAGUUUUGUUGGAGCAUGUGAUUUUGAGAGCUCCUUCAUGAGAUUCAAGUUACUUUGUAGAGAAGACCUUUGUUCCAUGGCAUAAAUGACAUUUCACACACUUAUCUCUUUGAAAGACAAAUAUCUGUAGUUCCACUUUAAAAAGCCCAACCUUUGAAUUAACUGCGCUUUCCUUGCCUAUGUCUGCCUUGUUGUUUAUGUGUGCUCACUGUGCGUAUGUGUUUGCGUGUGAACACCCACCCAAGUCUUUUUCUGGAUGGUUUACCAUGACAACUUUACUCUUCCAAUCAGCAGCACAUGUGUGAUUGUUUUCUCCCAGUAAAUCAAGGCAACUUCAACUCUCAAGUGUGCUGAAUUAUAGUAACUUACUGCAUAUUCUUGCCAGUAAAGGUAACAGUCUUGUAACAAUGGAAAAAGAAAUUUGCUAGAAUAUCCGUUACUGAAAAAGUAAUGCCGUUAGUAUAACUCUAUGAAAGGUUAUCAUCUGCAGUGGCAACCGGUGCCACCUCAAAUUACACUACCAUUGGAGCUAAACCAGUGUUAGAAAUUGCACUACAUUGGUCCUUUAAAAUAAGGCUUCCUGAAACUUUCAAAAUAAAAGCUGCAAUUUUCCAUAAAUACUAUUAAAUAGUGAAUUUUUAAGCUGAUAAUAACAUACAGAACGAUUUUGAAGUGAAGUCAUCGCUGGCUCUGCUGCAGUUUGCCUACCAGCCUGGUAUCAAGGUGAAUGACGCCAUGAUCUACCUGCUGCACCAAGCUCUGAUCCACCUGGAGAAGCCUGAAAGCAACGUGAGGGUCAUGUUCUUUGAUCUCUCUAGUUCUUAUAAAACCAUCCGACCUAAACUUCUGAGGGACAAGCUGAAGUGGUCAGAAGUGGACGACCACCUGUUCAAGUGGAUACUGGAUUACCCUACUGGCCGCCUGCAGUAUGCGAGAACACGGAACUGGGUCUCUGACAUCAAAUCAGAUAUUGUCCAUUCAAUAUUAAACAGAUGGAUCAAUUGUGCUAGACUGGCAUACUCAAACAAAACCAGUACGCUGGAGGAGUUUUACAGUUUUGUUCACUUAAAAUCAAAAGAACAUUUCUGCUUUCUGUAAUACUGUUUUAUUUUGAAAUCAUGGCUGCAGAUGUACAAGGUGGUUCCAUAACAGUAAAGCACUCUAUCUGUUCUGUUGAAGCUGCAUCUGGUACUACAAAGUGAAGUAACUCCAUGUGGUUCUGAAGACUGGACCCAGUAUCUUUCCUUGUUUUCCAUCUUAGGAAACUUUUCAUCAGAAUUGGGCCAAAAACCUUCCAAGCUCCUGAUAAAUUCAUCAUUUAGAUACUACUAUUAAAUAUUAAUUCCUGAUUAAUUAAAUUCCUCUUUCUGUUACAUUUAGUGUGUAGAUUGAGUAGCAUUAGUGCUUUGUGUUAGGUUUAGAUUCAAUGUUUAUUUGCUUUUUAUACAGUUAAUAAUGAUUAAAAUAAUAUAGAGAAAUACAUUAGAUUCUGUACAUUCUUGUUAACUCUUGAUUUCGUUCAUGUUUUGUCUUUACAUUGAUCUUAAAUAAAUCUUAAACCCUGAGAAUCUUACAGGAAUCUACUUUCUUCUAUUUUUAACAGAGAUUGUUCAAUAGGAACAUUAAACAUUUGUCCUUUGGAUUGAUUUUAAUAGAUUCUGAAACUGAUUUAUGAAGCUUAUGUAGUUUAACACAACACUAGAUUUCCUCAAUGUGCUAUGAAGAUCAUAAAGGCCGAUUACAUGCAUGUUCCACAGGCAAGAGGACAAAAAAUGGAGAAACCUUAAAUAUAAUCAACUGCAGAUUAACACUACUAGAAAGCAAUGCUUUUAUGAAAGGGACAAAAUUAGACUUGACACAGCUGACUUGUCUUUCAGUUGAUCGGUCAUUCACAAUUUUCUUCACAAUUUUGUACUUUAUAUCGUGAGUAAAACACAAAAAUCAUUGAUUAGUAUUGCUGCCCCUGGAACUUUUUAUUUUGUCACAUUACAACUACAAACCUGAGUGUCAAAUUAGAAGGAUUUAUGAGACUAACACAAAGUACUGCAUAAUUGUGAAGUGAGAGGAAAAUAUCACACGGUUUUAAAGUUUUGCUUUAUAAAUAAAAAAUCCGAAAGCCCCUUUUACACAAUAACUGUAAAUAAAACUUAUGCUAAGAAGUUACUUACUUUUGAGUCCACCUAUAUGUAAUUUAAUCUCAGUAUAAAUACUGCUAUCCUGAGAGGGUUUUGUUGGUAAACGUUAGCUAACAAUUAUCAUGAAGACUGAGGAACACACUACACAGGUCAGAUGAGACCUUGAACUUUUUUAGCCUACAUGCAAAAUGCUGUGUUGUGAAAAACACAGUAAACAGUACACAUCAAACAAGGCUACACAGUUUCAAUGGUUACAAACAUAGUGGUGGCAGCACCAUGAUGUGGGGAUACUUUUGUUCAGCAGGGACAUGGAAGCUGGUCAGAGAUAAUGGAAUCCUGGAAGAAAACUUGUUAAAGGCUGCAAAAGACUUGAGCCAAGCUAACAUGUUUAACUUCCAGCAGGACAACAACCCUAAACAUAAAGCCUGAGAUGGAAUGGAAUGGCUCAUAUCUGAGGUCUCCUUCUCCAGUCCUCAAGAGCUACUGUCCAGCAACAUUUAGAUGCAACCUCGCUCCAACACACCCAGGUCAAAUGUCUGAACUACCUCCUCAUCAUUUCGCCCAGCUUUGCGGAUGCCUGGUAAUAAACCAUUUACUUGAUUCAGGUGUGUUGGAGCAGGUGUUUAUUAAAAAAGGCAGGAUAGUAGCUCUUGAGCACUGGAGUUUGAGACCCCUGGUGUGGAUAGUCUUGCAGAUGCUGUCCUGCUCUGUGUUCUUUAGCCGCUAGGUGUCGCCGGAGAUCAGAUUAUUGCCAGUUGAAUGUCCAGCAGUGCGUUAACCUGUUUUGCAAAGCGUUGUCCGAAGGUCAUUAAACACUGCCCAUACAACCACAAAAAAACUGUUCCCACAAAGCAUGGACAUUUCAGCGGUAAAUGCUCUUUCUUAUGAGGAUUUUGUGAAUAUUUUCGGAAACGUGGUGGAGAAAUGUCCUCUUAUAACCGCCGCUGUGUGGACCAGUCGUCCCUUUAUAAGCUUAAAUGCUUUAGAAGCCACAAUUAAUGAAUUCAUCGAUGCUCUCCCAGAGUCCGGUAAAGAGGGGAUCCUCAGAUGUCACCCGGACCUCGCGGGCAGGGAUCUCCACAGCGGCACGUUGACCCGGGAGUCCCGGGAAGAGCAGGCCCGAGCCGGGAUGGACGCUCUGAGCUCAGUCGAGGCCUCGCGGGUGGCGCGACUGAACGAGGAGUACAAGCGGCGCUUCGGCUUCCCGUUUGUCAUCUGCGCGCGGACGACCGACAAGACGCGCAUCUUGCGCGAACUCUCCGAGCGCUGCCAGAACGCGCGCGCGGCGGAAAUGGCGCGCGGCAUCGAGGAGGUGAAGAAGAUCUGCCGCCUGCGUCUCCAAGGCCUGGUGCUCUCUGACGCUCCGAAUAAGUUAUAAAUCUUAGACUGAGGCUCCAAGCUCUUAAUUCUCGGUCCCAGUUUAACCGCACGUGACUGAGAGCUAUGCUAUAACAAUAGUUGUAAAGGUUUUAUUUCAAACUAUGUGAACUGUAUAAUUAAUGUGCACAUGAUUUAAACUUAUAUACACAAGUGGAUGCUGGUAUACGGAAUGUACACAUACAACCUGUUGCCUUUUUGUUUUUUGUCUGAAACUUGAUUUUAAAUUGACAAGCAUAGACAGACAGACAGACAGACAGACAGGCAGGCAGGGGGCACCUGCAAUUGUCUGUACAAGUAAAAACGUAAUAAAGCCAAAUAUGACAAUU